AUGGAAGACAUCCAAGGCGAUCAGGAGGAUUUGAUGUUUUCAGGCAUCCUAGAUAACUAUAGUGAAUAUGCAAAUGAUAGUUUAGAUUUCCUAGGUGCACUUACAGAAGUUUGCAGUUUACGAGAUAAAACAGUUACAGUAAAAUAUAUUGUACCAGUUAUCUAUACAUUGGUUUGCAUUUUGAGUCUCGUGGGCAACUCCUUGGUGAUUCUGGUGGUGAGCUACAGCAAAGAAAACCGUUCUGUUACUGAUGUUUAUAUCCUGAACCUGGCUAUUGCCGACCUUCUCUUUGCAGUCACCUUGCCCAUCUGGGCUGUGUAUCGAGCUCAUGAGUGGAUCUUUGGCACUUUCAUGUGCAAAAUCACCUCGGUUCUGAAAGAAGUCAACUUCUACAGUGGUGUCCUCCUACUGGCCUUUAUCAGUUUUGAUCGUUAUUUGGCAAUAGUUUAUGCUACUCGGGCAGCCACUCAGAAGAGGCACUGGGUCAAAUUUGUCUGCAUCGGCAUCUGGCUAUUCGCCUUCUUCUUCUCGCUCCCUGUGAUCCGCUUCCGGGAAGUUUUUAAAGUCUCAAAUUCCUCUCACAGGGUUUGUUAUGAGAACAUUGGUGAGAAUCAAACAACUAAAUGGAGGGUAGUAUUGAGAAUUUUACCACAGGUGUUUGGAUUCCUUCUCCCCUUGACAAUCAUGAUGAUUUGCUAUGGAAUAACAGUGCACAGACUCUACCAGUUGAAGAACAAGCAAAAGAAGAAGGCAAUGAAAGUAAUCUUGGCUGUAGUGCUGGUCUUUGUGAUCUGUUGGCUACCCUACAACAUCGCCCUGCUUUUUGAUACUUUGCUGAGGAUUGGAGUCAUUACCGAGACCUGCUCAGUUCAAGAAAAUAUUGACAAUGCCCUGUUAGGUACUGAGAUUUUGGGAGUUGCUCACAGCUGUAUCAACCCCAUCAUAUACGCCUUUAUAGGACAGAAAUUCCGGAACAACUUCCUCAAGAUCUUGGUCUCACAAGGUAUCAUCAGCAAAGAGAUCCUGAUUCGAUAUAGGAAGGGAUCCAGCUUUUCAACUUCCUCUGUUAAAACUUCAACUACCUUGUAA